GGAUGGGCCGUCCCGCCCCUCCGACUACGCGCCCCGGCAGGCUCCGCGCCGCCGCGCCUACCUGCGCCCGGCAGGUACGGAAGGGCCAGCGGCCGCGCGGGGCCUGCCGGGGCGUGUAGUUCCCGGGGCGGAAGGGAAGAGCCGCCCGGCCGCGGCAUGGACAAGCUGAAGCGGGUGCUGAGCGGCCGGGACGCGGAGGAGCCCGGCGCUCUGACGGAGGUUAUCGACGCGACUUCGUUGGGUUGGGGCACCCGAGUGAAAGGCUUCAUCGCGUGCUUUGCGUUGGGAUGCGUGUUCUCCCUGUUGGGCAGUUGUCUGCUCUGGGUACCAAGAAAAGGGCUGAUUCUCUUUGCAGCAUUUUACACGUUGGGGAACAUUGCAUCGAUUGGAAGCACUCUCUUUCUUAUGGGACCAAUGAAACAAUUGAAAAGGAUGUUUGAGCCUACCCGAUUGAUUGCUACUAUUGUUAUGUUAUUGUGUCUCAUAUUAACGCUGUGUUCUGCUUUUUGGUGGCGUAAGGAAGGACUCGCGCUCCUUUUCUGUAUCUUGCAGUUUUUUGCCUUGGCAUGGUACAGCAUUUCCUUCAUACCAUUUGCAAGGGAUGCUGUGAAGAAAUGUGUGUCUGUCUGUCUGUCCUAAGAGGAAAGCCGGAUGCUUCACAAAGUUCUAGGAAGCAUAGCAGAACUAUGUUAAGAUCACUGUGUUUGUACUUUGCUACUUCUGUUCUAAAUGAGUGCCUUUUGGCUGGUUGUUAGAGGUUAAGUGCAGUGAAUGCAAUUGCGUGUUUUUGGUGUCCGUGGGACAGAGCGCUCACGUGGCUAAAUGAAGGUCAGCCUGGAAGAAGAACUGGGCUGAGACCCAGACUUUGUUUUGAUGAUUCUCAUAUGAAAUUAUUUGUUUCUGCAAAAAUUAACGUGAAGUCUGUAAAAUGGAGCCCUUGAUUCUGGUGGGACCAUGCCAGUCUAAAGGAUUCCUUUCCGAAGAAGAAAAAGAAAUCUGUUGCUAGCUGAUUCCUGACAACUCUUGUAGUAGCCUUACAUCACUUAAUCUUUGCACUAUUUAUAUCAGAUAAUGGAAUACUGGUGCUCUUUUUCUGCCUCUCUUGCAACAUGUUGGGUCUAUGAUAUUUUCAAAAGGCUUAAUUCCAAAUGAAAAGGCUGUUUUAGAGUACUUAUGGAAUGCUUGAUUUUGUUUCCUUAAGUGAAAAAAAUUCAUUUUCAGUUUAGAUUGACAGUGUUUUCUUAAAAUACAUAGAGGGGACAUUUUCAUCUGCGAAGACUGGUUCCUGUAAGAAAAGCACUUGCAAAAUUGGGUUAAUCAAGUUCUUUAGUUUCCAGGAAUAAUGAGUUCUUUGCUAAUGACUCCAGCUGAAUGCAAUACAUUCAAGCUAGGAAACCAAUUUAUCACUUGACAUGAGGUGGUUCUCUUCUCCCUAGCUUCAGCACAGGAGCUGUGUGAAGCUGAGGGCAUGACAGCUAAGCUGAGACAGAACCUGUGUGUUUCCUUUCCCAAAGGACAAAGUCCCUGUUGAUAAGGUGGAAGCAGGCUGGUGUUUAAGCAAGUCCAGGACAGGAAAAAGACAUUUUCUUCUGAACCUGUGAAUAAGUUAAAACUCCAAUGUGUCUUUUUUGUAAGUGAAAUCAAUUUCAUUUUUCCUAAAACUCUCUUCUGCACUCGUGAAUUUCUUCUGCUCUGAGGAGGAAGUACAGCUUUCUGUUGCUUUUUUUGUGUGUUUGGGUGUUUGCUUUUUUAACCAAAGGAAGCAUUCAACAGUCUUGCUGCCAGCUUCAAACAAGCACUGAAUGGUCAGUAUCCAGACUCCAAGGCCAUUGCCCAUUCUUCUAAUCUUCUGAGCUAUGUGUAAUCUUGUACUCCCAAACCAUUUCAGCGGUCUCUUGUUUAACAUCUGAAUGCAGGUUCCUGCUUCUACUAUGUUGGAUACUGUUAACUGUUCUUGCCUUUCCUAUUAGCAAGUUGUCUUGCUGGAAAUGAUGGCUGUGAAGGUCAUUAUCCAGUGAACUUUAAUAUGAUUUGAAUCUUCUAUCCUGAUCUACAUAGACUUUAGCCAUCUAACUGCAUUGCAUUUGCAUAGCAAGUCCUUGACUUGCACCACAAAGACUUUAGGCUAGCAAAAGCCUGGAUCUAUUCAGCAAUGAAGUACAAGCCCACAGUGAAGUAGAACAAUUCUGUGUGGUUCUCAGAAAGUUACUAGAAACAGAAUUAACUCUACACAUUAAUUGUCCUUCUGAUAAUUUAUAAAACAGUAACAACCCUCCAUGAGUAUCCCCUCUAAAACCAAAAAAAUAUCUUUUGAGGAUAUGAAAGGGGAACUUCAACAAGCUUUCUCUGUUUUCCAGCUGGAUAGAGGUACUCUUACAAAGCCAUUUGAACAGAAAAGGCCUUCUUGAAAAUGUGCUACGUUGGGAUGAAUCAGUUCUGUGGGAUGACUUCCCCAAGUGCUAUUUCCUACUGCUUUUCUUCCUUUCUUUCUUUCCAUAGGAUUUUGAAGUUAGUGUUGAAAUGACUACAUUGACUAUUAGUAUUACUUUUUUUUAAUAAGGAGUUAAUUAAAGGCUCAAGAGAGACUGAGAAUUAAAGAACACCUAUUCGUUUUCUCUCUGACUCUGGAUAUCUAAAUGGAUGUAAGACUUUUUUUUUUUAAUGAGGGAGUAUGUUCAAAACCUAAUGUACAUCUGUCAAAGGGCCCCGUGUCAGGCUUCUGUUAGGGCUUGGAGAAUAUAUACAGAAUUCCUUUGUGUAAGACUAGUUGAAAUAGAACUCUAAUGCCUUUCACAUCCCAGUGUUUGCUUAGUUUUAAUAUCUCUGGGUGUUCCCAGAGAACUCUACAAGUAUAGUCUAUGGUAUUUUUCCUUCCCCCCCGCUUUGGGAAAGUUCUGUUAAUUUGUAUAAUCAUUCCAGGCCUAUCAGCAGUCAACAUAAUGGAGUUUUACUUCUGUUUCGUUUGUUUUUGUUUUUUUUUUUUAAU